AUGGAGCCCGAGGAGCGGAAGAUCUCGGUGUGGAUCUGCCAGGAGGAGAAGCUGAUCUCCGGGCUCUCCCGGCGGACCACCUGCUCGGACGUGGUGCGGGUGCUGCUGGAGGACAGCCACCACCGGCGGCAGCGGCCGGCGCUGCCCGAGCCCGGCGGCGGGAUGCUGUCGGGGCCGCCGCACUCCUACUGCAUCGUGGAGAAGUGGCGCGGCUUCGAGCGGAUCCUGCCCAACAAGACGAGGAUCCUGCGGCUCUGGGUGGCGUGGGGGGACGAGCAGGAGAACGUGCGCUUCGUGCUGGUGCGCAGCGAGGCCUCGCUGCCCAACGCGGGGCCGCGCAGCGCCGAGGCGCGGGUGGUGCUCAGCAAGGAGCGCCCCGGCCACGGCCUGGGGACGGCCCGCGCCAGCCUGGCGCUCACGCAGGAGCGGCAGCGGCGGGUGGUGAGGAAAGCCUUCCGCAAGCUGGCCAAGAUCAACAAGAAGCGGCAGCAGCCGCUGGCCCGGGAGGCCUCGUCGGCGGAGAGGAUGGAGACGCUGGUGCACCUGGUGCUCUCGCAGGACCACACCAUCCGGCAGCAGAUCCAGCGGCUCCGCGAGCUGGACCGGGAGAUCGACAGGUACGAGGCCAAGAUCCACCUGGACCGCAUGAAGCGGCACGGCGUCAACUACGUGCAGGACACCUACCUGGUGGGGGCCGGCGGCGGGGAGCCGGAGCCGGGCCGGGAGCCGGGCGGGGCGGCCCAGCCCGCCGCCGGCCGCCCCGAGGAGGACUACGCCAGGAAGUGCGAGGAGGUGCUGCAGCUGCAGGAGCAGCGGGCGCAGCAGGAGGAGCUGCUGGAGCACCUGGCCGCCGAGAUCCAGGAGGAGCUCAACGAGCGCUGGAUGAAGCGGCGGCGGGAGGAGCUGGAGCUGGCGGCGGGGCCCGGCCUGGCCGAGACGGACUGCGACACCACGGAGCUGAGCGGCGGCGGCGAGGGCGAGCUGCACCUGGAGCACGAGCGGGUGAAGACCCAGCUGAGCACCAGCCUCUACAUCGGCCUCAAGCUGAGCACGGACCUGGAGGCCGUCAAAACCGACCUGGACUACACGCAGCGGGCGUGGGAGGACAAGGAGCGGGAGCUGCAGCGCCUGCUGGAGACGCUGGGCACCCUGGACGUGGCGGAGGCGCCGGCGGAGCCGCGCGGGGCGGCGGGCGGGGGGCGGCCGGCGGCGGCGGCGGGGGGCAGCGCGGCCGGCUGGGUGGAGCAGGCGCGGGCGCUGCGCAAGGACCGCGCCGACAACGGCGAGGACUCGGACACGGGGCUGAGCUCCAUGCACAGCCAGGACUCGGACUCGGUGCCCGUCUGCGAGUCCCUCGUCUAG